UUGGAAAGUAGAGAGAAUAAAUAGGAGGAAUGAAUAAAAGAGAAUGUAGAGUUUCAAUGGCUUUGUUAUUAACUUAUCAUAUAAAUAUAAUGCAAUCACAGCCCCAUUUUUCAAAGAAUCCAUGGCCCGCGGCCUCGCUAUGAGGAUUGAGGAUGGAGGGCCCUGUCCCCAAGAAUGACGAAAGUGCCCUUUGUGGAGUAGGAAUUGGGAAAACCUGUGAUAUGCUGGUGGGUCAACUGGUAGAAAGUCUUCCUGUAAUUUGAAAGGUAGGCUUGUUGAGCUGAGGAGGUAUGUGGAUGUGGGGGCUAUCAAAUUUCACCUUUUUUCUUUUCUCUCUUUUUGAAAUUUCAGUCUUUUUUUUUUCUUCUUCUUCUUUUUGGUGGUGUUUUGGAGUGGAGUCUUCCUUUUGAGGGUUUGACCCAUCAGAAAAUUUCUCGAUUUCCAUACUCUUUUCCCUUCCCCCCCUUUGAUCCCAAGUCUCAACAACAGCUAUCUUCCAAGCAUUCACCCAUUUCUGGUUUUGUUCUUCAUUUCUUCAAUUGAACAACAACCCCAAGUGUCAUCAUUUUAGUCCUCUCUUUCUUCGCCCCCUUUAAUGGUUUAGGUUUGCUUUUUUGGGUCUCUCUCUCUUCUUGAACGCACUCUUGUGCUUGGUGGGUUGUGCCGCUGAGGGGAUGGGCCCUAAACUCCACUGAGGUUUAAUGGCGACAUGGGUCUCUUUCUCCUCCUCCUUCAGUGGCCUCUUUGCUCCCGUUUUCAGCUGUCUCGCAUUUAAUCUUUUCCCGGAGAGUGUUCUUUUGAGCUAGAUAAGAUUUGGGGGUUUCUGAUUCUCUGUCUGGUAGACCUUGUGGGACGGCUUUACACCAGUUUUCUCUGUGCGGAUCUCUGAUUUCUGCAAAUGGGUCUUUAAGAUAAUGCUCAAAUGAUGCUGGGUCUCUAUCUUCGACUUUGAUUUACUGUGUUUCUGAUGGCCUUUUUGUCUGCAUUUCUUCUUUUGCCUUCGUAAUUCCUAAGAUGAUUUUUGAAUGUGGAGGUGGAUUUUGGAAGUGACAGUUGAUCUCUAGAAUGAAAUAAAUUCGUUCUAUUUAAAUAAGUUCUUUAUCAUCUGAAACCCGAAUUGAGGACUUGCCAAGGUGGGAGAUUCGACCUGCCGUGACUGAUUUGCAUCAGUGAUGCCUUUCUUGGUUUAAAAUGGUUCUUGUUGCAUUAAACAAAUGUGAGGUUGGCUAGUGGUUCGAUUUCGAAAAAUAUCUGGUGCGCUGCAAUUCCCCCAAGGAAACACAUGGAGAGAAUGAUCCAACCUCCUCUGGUUGACACAACAGCUUGUUUAUGUAGAGUAGAUGCAGGUCUUAAGACUGUAGCUGGAGCAAAAAAGUUUGUCCCUGGUUCAAAGCUUUGUCUACAACCUAGCAUUAAACCAUCUAUUCACCCAACUAGACCUAAACCGACUCGUGGUGACAGGAGCAGGAACCAAUCCCCUCUGCUUCCUGGACUACCCGACGAUCUUGCAAUAGCUUGCCUAAUCCGUGUCCCUCGGGUUGAACACCGUAAACUCCGGUUAGUUUGCAAAAGGUGGUAUCGUCUUUUGGCUGGCAACUUCUUUUACUCGCUCCGUAAGAGUCUAGGAGUUGCGGAAGAAUGGAUAUAUGUCAUUAAGAGAGACCGGGAUAAUAAGAUCUCAUGGCAUGCCUUCGACCCCAUAUAUCAGCUUUGGCAGCCCCUUCCUCCUGUCCCUAAGGAAUAUUCUGAAGCUCUUGGGUUUGGCUGUGCCGUUCUUAGUGGUUGCCACCUCUAUUUGUUUGGUGGCAAAGAUCCAAUAAAAGGAACAAUGAGACGAGUAAUUUAUUAUAGUGCCAGGACAAAUAAAUGGCACCGAGCCCCUGACAUGCUUCGUAGGCGACAUAUUUUCGGCUCGUGCGUCAUAAACAACUGUCUGUAUGUUGCAGGUGGGAAAAAUGAAGGUGGACAUCAGUCCUUGAGAUCUGCUGAAGUCUAUGACCCAAAUAAGAAUAGAUGGACCUUUAUUUCGGAUAUGAGCAUUCCCAUGGUGCCCUUAAUUGGAGUCGUUUACGAGGGUAAAUGGUAUUUGAAGGGAUUCGGGUCCCAACGACAGGUUCUAAGCGAUGUCUACCAGCCCGAAACCGACAGCUGGUACCCUGUUUAUGAUGGAAUGGUUGCAGGCUGGAGGAACCCGAGUGUCUCCUUAAACGGACACCUUUAUGCCGUGGACUGUAAGGAUGGCUGCAAACUUAGAGUCUACGACGAAGUAUCCGACUCUUGGGACAAGAGUAUUGAUAGCAAGCUGCAUUUGGGGAAUUCUAAGGCAUUGGAGGCUGCUGCUCUCGUUCCACUAAAUGGAAAAUUAUGCGUCAUUCGCAAUAACAUGAGCAUUUCUCUCGUCGAUGUUUCGAAGUGUGAAGAUGCCAGUGGUGCUCCCGGUGAACAUCUAUGGGAGACCUUAGCAGGAAAAGGGCAGCUCAAGACUUUGGUCACGAAUCUCUGGUCAAGUCUUUCGGGUCGGAGUCGACUGAAAAGCCACAUAGUUCACUGCCAGGUGCUUCAAGCAUGAAAAUUUUUCAUAUUGUUUGAUAGGCUUCUAGUGUUCAUAUGCUUUUCUUCUGCUUCUCCUCUUUACAUAUCUUAAAAUCAUGGCUUAGAUGUCAAAUAUGGGAGAACCAAUGCUAGUAAGUAAUCAAUCAAUACUACUUCAAAUAGUUUUGUCACAUGGACAAUUUUAUCCUCUCUGUCCUAUUCUUUUACUUGCCAUUUGUGAGAAAGAAGGGAAACAAAAUUGUCCAUUCAACAUAAGAUUAUUUGUAGUAGUAUUGAACUGUGAGAGAAGUAUUAUAGAACUUGAAAUAUUUUCUCAAUACAGUGUCAGGUGAUUCAGAUUGUGACAGGCAAAUGAGCCUCUCUUGAUAGACUCAUGUUACAAAUAUAUUUUAUUAUAUGAUAUGAUACACAAUCAUUGAGUUUCUUACAUUA